AUGGAUCAUGGUGCUUUAACCGACAACAAUGGACGUAAGUCUGAUUUCCGUAAUGUGAUUAUUGUAUUGACCACCAAUAUCGGUGCUGAAAGUAUUUCUCGUAACAGUAUCGGUUUUACUGAGCAAGACAAUAGUAAUGACAAUCAGGAAGCGAUGAAACGUGCAUUUGCACCAGAGUUCCGCAACCGUUUAGAUGGUGUAAUUCAGUUUAAAGCAUUACCUACCACAGUGAUUGAGUCUGUUGUUGAUAAAUUCUUAACCGAACUUCAAGCGCAGUUAGAUGACAAAAAAGUGGUGCUGGAAGUUGAUCAAUCUGCUCGCGAUUGGAUGGCUGAGAAUGGCUAUGAUCGUUUAAUGGGUGCUCGCCCAAUGCAACGUUUGAUUCAGGAACAUUUGAAGAAACCUCUUGCUGAGAUGAUUCUAUUUGGUGAGCUUGCAGAUCAUGGUGGUAAUGUUGCUGUUUCUGUGAAGAAAGAAAAUGGUAAGGCGGUAGGGCUUACAUUAGAAGUCUUUGAAGAUCAGACUGCUGAACCAGCAUAG